AAGGGCAUCAACACCCCUGCGAGCAUCAUGCCCCUCCCGCUCUCUCCCCAUCUCCAACCACACUGUCUGGACCAGCGAUUAAAAUUAAAAAAUGUUUUGGAACUCUACAAAGUGGGAUCCGAAUGGCCAGCAUGUAUACAUCACUGGCGGCAGUUCAGGCUUAGGCCUCGCACUCGCUAAAAUUGUCGCCUCGAAAGGCGCACAUGUCUCUAUCGUAGCCCGUAAUGAAAAGAAUCUUGCGACUGCGUCGACUGAAAUUGAGGCCUGCCGCGUCUCCUCAGACCAAAUAUUUCAAUCCUUCUCCCACUCUCUCCUUGAGGCAGCCGGAGCAACCGCAGCGCUCGAAGACGUCAUCUCCAAACACUCCGGCCUCGCCCCCGACGCUGUCUUCCUCUGCGCCGGCUCUUCUAACCCGCGAUACUUCCUCGAAUAUACCCCUUCCGACCUCUCCUCCGGGAUGGACCAAGCCUAUUGGGUCCAAACCUACACCGCGCACGCAGUUACAAAACUCAUGGUUUCCCAAAACCGUACCGGACACAUCACCUUCGUCUCUUCCACACUCGGACUCAUGACCAUCCCCGGAUACGCGUCGUACGUGCCUGGUAAACAUGCGCUGAGGGGGCUGGCGGAUAUGUUGAGGCAAGAGUUCCUGUUAUACGGGAUUGAAGUGCAUAUUUUCUUUCCGCCUACGAUGUUUACGAAGGGUUACGAGGAGGAGAAUAAGUUGAAGCCGAAGUUGACGCUGAAGAUCGAGGAGGGAGACGAUGGUUUGACGGCGGAACAGGCGGCAGAUAUUUUGUUCAAAGGCGUCCAAAAAGGCAACUUCCAGAUCACUGGGAACUUCAUCACUGAUCUCUUCCGAGUAUCGUCACGCCAGGCCUCACCGCGACACAACUGGAUUCUCGACGGUCUCCUCGACUUCGUCGCCUACAUCGCAGUCCCGGUCUGGGCCACCGGGAUGGAGAAACAAGUGCGUGCGCACAGAGAAGAACAUCUCAAACAUCUCGAAGACGGCGGGUUCGUGGAGUUCCAGAAGCAGUCAACAAAGUGAGCAUCGACGGCGCCUGCAUGUCGUGCGUGGCCCUCUCGAAAUCUGCGACUUGUUCGUUCUUGGUAUUUAUGUGUCGGGAUCUUUGCUAAUGGUAAGGAUGGUGGAUGUGAUGAAUGUGAUCAUGGUAUACCCUCUUCUUCUGUGUCCGUACUGUUUUGUCGUGUUUCUCAGGCUUUCGAGCUAUAUUUAGAUCGCCCGGCAUCGUCUACUUAAUAUUGCUUUUUAAAUCAUU